AGUGCCGCUUGUUUUCUUUCCUCCGGCCUCGGGGCUGCGGCGGAGCGCGAUGCGCGGAGACCCCCGCGGGGGCGGGGGCGGGGAGCCCCGAUGAGACCCGAGCGCCCCCGGCCGCGCCGCAGCGCCCCCGGCCCGAUGGAGGCACCGCCCUGGGACCCGGCGCGCAACGACUCGCUGCCGCCCACGCUGACCCCGGCCGUGCCCCCCUACGUGAAGCUCGGCCUCACGGUGGUCUACACCGUGUUCUACGCGCUGCUCUUCGUGUUCAUCUACGCGCAGCUCUGGCUGGUGCUGCGCUACCGCCACAAGCGGCUCAGCUACCAGAGCGUCUUCCUCUUCCUCUGCCUUUUCUGGGCCUCGCUGCGGACCGUCCUCUUCUCCUUCUACUUCAAAGACUUCGUGGCGGCCAACUCGCUCAGCCCCUUCGUCUUCUGGCUGCUCUACUGCUUCCCCGUGUGCCUGCAGUUCUUCACCCUCACGCUGAUGAACUUGUACUUCACGCAGGUGAUCUUCAAAGCCAAGUCAAAAUACUCUCCAGAAUUACUCAAAUACCGGUUGCCCCUCUACCUGGCUUCGCUCUUCAUUAGUCUCGUUUUCCUGUUGGUGAAUUUAACCUGCGCUGUGCUGGUGAAGACCGGCAACUGGGAGAGGAAGGUCAUCGUCUCUGUGCGAGUGGCCAUUAAUGACACGCUCUUCGUGCUGUGUGCUGUCUCUCUCUCCAUCUGUCUCUACAAAAUCUCUAAGAUGUCCUUAGCCAACAUCUACUUGGAGUCUAAGGGCUCCUCUGUGUGCCAAGUGACUGCCAUCGGUGUCACCGUCAUCCUGCUGUACACCUCACGGGCCUGCUACAACCUGUUCAUCUUGUCCUUCUCUCAGAUUGAGAAUGUCCACUCCUUUGAUUACGACUGGUACAACGUAUCUGACCAGGCAGACCUGAAAAAUCAGCUGGGGGACGCUGGCUACGUGGUGUUCGGAGUGGUGCUUUUCGUGUGGGAACUCUUGCCCACCUCCUUGGUGGUUUACUUCUUCCGAGUUAGAAAUCCUGCCAAGGGCCUUACCAACCCUGGAAUGGUCCCCAGCCAUGGAUUCAAUCCCAGAUCUUAUUUCUUUGACAACCCUCGAAGAUACGACAGUGAUGACGACCUUGCCUGGAACAUUGCACCUCAGGGACUUCAGGGCAGUUUUGCUCCAGACUACUAUGAUUGGGGACAACAAACUAACAGCUUCCCAGCACAAGGAACUUCGCAAGACUCAACUUUGGAUCCCGACAAACCAAGCCAUGGGUAGCAUCAGUGACAUUUUUACUGAAGAUUCUGUUGAAAAGCUUCAGAAAGACAAACUUAAUGACCGCUGAGAUUUUAGGGCACUUUUCUCCAAGAAAUAGGACUUGAUUUUUAUUGUAGGUUUUUUCCUAAUGGCUCAAUAGAACCAAGCAAUAAUUUAGAUUCAUAAACCCUUAUUUUCA